AUUCACAUUUUCACAGAUUCUGCAAGUACUUUUUCAUGCAACUAUAUAUCUACCAGCAUCUUCCCGAUACCCCCAAGAAAUCUCUGUACCAUCCCUGCUGCCUCUGGUUUCGGGGGGCAGUGGUUUCCAGCAAAAUGUUGGGUGUUCAGUUUCCUGUUGUCGCCCAGUAGCUACUGCACUGCCAGGCAUUUCUAUGUGGGUUCUAAAAACAGUAGACAGUAGACAGUAGAAAUAGGUUACAGAAUCCAAUGGCGUGGUUGCCUCUACCAUGAAGCCAGAGCAGGCACACUUGCUGUCACAAGAGCUGCAAUCUCUUCUGAUCAAAGGGGCCAUAGAACGUGUUCCUCUUCCAAAGAGAGAGUCAGGUUACAAUACCCUGAGCAAAGUCAGGCUAGGCCAAGAUUGUACUGUUCUUCAGUAUCAACAAAUGUUAGGUCUCAUGGCAUCUGCGUCCUUGGUGAUCCCUAUGGGCCUUUUGCAUAUGAGACCGUUUCAGUUGUGGCUCAAAGCCAGAGGAUGAAUCCAAGGGCCAAUCCCCGAAGGUAGAUAAGGGUUAUGCAAGGCAAUGGCAAGGCAUACUUAGAGUGGGACCCAAGGCUAGAAACCAGGGUCUGAGCCACAUAGCGAGGGUAUGUAGCCUGCGGCGCAUAACCUGUCAGGCUUGGGAGCAGUCUUAGAGGGCCGUCCAGCCCAACAGCCCAAGGGCAGUGGGAGAGUCAUCAGCUCAAUUGGCACAUCAACUGCCUAGAGUUAAUGGUUGUAUUUCUGGCCCUGAAAUACUUCCUCCAUCAGCUGAGAGGCUGCCAAUUUCCUGGUGCAGAUGGAUAACACAGCAGCAGUCUCUUACAUAAAUCACCAGGGAGGUCUGCGUUUGCGCCACCUAAACAAACUAGUGCGGCAGAUUUUUCUCUGGGCGCAGGACAAGUUCCUGUCACUCAGGGCAGUAUAUAUAGAGCAGGCUUACUGUCCAGACAGAAAAUACCGAUGGGGGAAUCACUAACUGAGGUAGUGAAACAAAUCUGGUUAAGAUUUUAUGAAGCAGAGGUGGACCUCUUUGCCUCCCAACAGACAGUGCAAUGUCCCCUCUACUCUACUGGGUAACUCUCUCUCGCCACUAAACAGACAAUUUCACAUUGGGUGAGGGAUGCUUUUGCUCUUGCCUAUGAGGCACGUGGUCAAUCUUCGCCAGGGCUCAUUCUACUUGGGGAGGGGGUCACCUCCUCUAGAGCUUUGGCGGGGGGUGUCCCCCUGCAGCAUGUAUGUGAUGCGGCAGGCUGGUCCUCUCCACACACAUUCAUAAGAUUUUAUAGUUUGGAUGUUCAUGCCACUCUGGGCUCUCAUGUCCUUAAGUCGACAUCGCAAGCUCAUGUCUGAGACAUUUUUCGCGUUCUUGUGAGCACACACUACACAAUCGUAAGGGGUCCAGACACCUCCAGUGCUACACUUCAUUGCCGCACUGAAGAUGUCCAAGGACUGGUCUUCAGACAAAAUAUCUUGUCGAUGCACCUGUGGCACAUCUAAUUAUAGCCUCUGACUCGUGCACAUUCCAAUGAAAUCACUGCAGAGGCUAUAAAAGUUCUAGUUCAGUUUCAUUGACGUGUUGCACACAUAUAUGCAGGCAUGUAAUAAAAUUAAUAGACAACAUGAUAUUAUGUUAUAGUUUAUAAACAAACAUUUUCUUGUCCUGGGGUGAGUUUCCUGUAUAACGACGUAACUCACUGCUGAACUGGCAUACUACAAUGCCUCGCUGGAGAAUUUAACUUGAUAGUUACAGCUGUUUCCUGAAACCGUUGCAUUGCAGCACACAUCCGUCGUUUGAACCACAUUGGUUACAUUUUUAUGCACCCCACCAAAUAACAUAAGGGCACUCAAACCAAAUGUACAGUUACCUCCAGCAAUAUGUCUUUGUGGACAGUGCAUAAAACAAUAGAAUGAUAACCAGGAGGUGUUGUAUUUGCAGAGGCUUAUUCAACACAGGCCUCACCAUCUUCCCUGACCUGACCAAUAUCCAGGCUCAUGACUCAUACUUCCUACUAGAAAUUAGCGAUAAUCCCUAUAUUGCUGAAAUUCCAUCUAAUGCUUUUCUUGGCAUUACCAAUGAUCUGCUGUCAGUGAGGCUCUACAGCAAUGGCUUUACAAACGUCCAACAUCAUGCUUUCAAUGGCACAAAGCUGGACUCAGUGUACCUGCAUAGAAAUAAGCUGCUGACAAGGCUAGAUGAGAGAAUGUUUGCUGGGACUAGCAGUGGACCAAUGCUCCUUGAUGUUUCAGAAUCGGCUGUCAUUUCCCUCCCAACCAGAGGCUUGGAGUCAAUUCGUGAACUCUGUGCUCGGAAUGUCUGGGCCCUCAAAAAACUACCACCGAUCAAGACCUUCAGACACCUAAUUACAGCAGACCUGACCUACCCCAGCCACUGCUGUGCAUUCAAGAACUUGAAGAAAAAAAGAGGGUACUUAGAGGACAUCAUUUGUAACCUGACUGCUAGGUAUAAUCAACUUCAAAAGAGAUCUGUUGGAACUUUUAAAUUUCCUGGCCUGUACAGCAGCAUGGAACCUGGCAUUGACUCAGGAGAUAACAUCUUCAGAGACACCUACGACCACCAGGACUUUUACAGCAGCCUGCAUUACCACACAUACUUUGGUGGACACCCAGAUGAUGAUGUGGGCUUUGGUGAAACACUGAAGAACCCCCAGGAAGACACCAGCCAUGAGUUUGACAGUCGCUAUGACUACAUUGUGUGUGAGGAGGGAGAGGAGGUUGCCUGUUUCCCUGCUCCUGAUGAGUUCAACCCUUGUGAGGACAUCAUGGGUUUCAGCUUUCUAAGAGUAUCUGUGUGGUUUGUCAGUUUGCUUGCUGUGUUGGGCAACCUGUUUGUACUGUUGGUGCUGCUCACCAGCCACUACAAACUGUCUGUCUCAAGGUUUUUAAUGUGCCACCUGGCCUUUGCUGACCUUUGCAUGGGCAUUUACCUGCUGCUCAUUGCUUCCGUGGACCUCCACACACGUUCUGAAUACUAUAAUCAUGCUAUUGAUUGGCAAACAGGUCCAGGAUGCAACCUAGCUGGGUUCUUCUCCGUCUUUGCUAGUGAACUGUCGGUCUACACACUGACCACUAUUACCCUGGAACGCUGGUAUGCCAUCACCUAUGCCAUGCGGCUGGACCGUAAGUUGCGUCUGUCCCAUGCCUCAAUCAUCAUGCUAGUGGGCUGGAUCUUUUGCCUCAUAUUGGCUCUUAUGCCUCUCAUUGGGGUCAGCAGCUACCAGAAAGUCAGCAUUUGUCUUCCCAUGGACACCCAGACACUUGUAGACCAGAUCUACAUCCUAUGUGUACUUGUUCUUAACAUCCUGGCUUUUGUAGUCAUUUGUGCAUGUUACAUCAAGAUCUAUUGUGCUAUUCACAACCCAAGUCAUCAGUCUGCCAACAAAGAUACCAACAUUGCCAAACGUAUGGCUGUACUCAUCUUUACUGACUUCCUCUGCAUAGCACCCAUUUCAAUGUAUGCUAUUACAGCUGCGUUGCACCACCCACUCAUCACUGUGUCAAACUCCAAGAUCCUCUUGGUGCUUUUUUAUCCUCUGAAUUCCUGUGCUAACCCUUUCCUCUAUGCUAUCUUCACCAAGGCCUUCCAAGGAGAUGUCUUUAUACUGCUCAGUAAAGUGGGUCUCUGUCAACGUCGGGCUCAGCUGUUCCGAGGUCAGACUGUGUCUUCGAAGGCAAGCAGCAAAGGAAUCACCAGACGUGAGAGGGAGCAAACAGGAGCCAAGGAGACCCCUGUUUCCCUUCUAGAAUAUCCAGGCAACCCACCAGCCACCCAACAGCACGAGGACAGUGAUGGGCAGGACACUUGAAGCCUACAAUAUAUAUGAGUCCAGGCAACAACAACUGGAAUGUAGGCUGGAGUCCAAUAAACUAAAUUGCAGCACAGAAAAUUAAUGAAUUACUUGAAAGGUCUGCAUUGAAAAAAAUUAGUGAAUUUUAGUUUGUAUAUUUAAAGGUGCAAUAGGACAUUUUCGGAGAGGCUAGCAAGCAGAGCUAGCUUUCAAAUCAUAAGAUCACACCCUUCCUUCAGAGUGUCUCAAAGCCACGCCUCCUCCAAAACACAUGAAGGCACACACACACAGCUGCUCUUGGCAAAGCGUCACAAGAGAUGGCGUUAAACUACCUCAUGUCUCAAAGCACAUAACAUUACAAUAACGUAAUGAACGCAAACAACUUAGUGAGCUUAUACCUGACUGCUGCACAUUGAUUUCGAUGUUGAUACAUGGAAACGCUUAAUUCCGAGUCUGAGGACAUGAACAGCUCCCGUUAGAACGUCACGGGUUGCCAUCUCUUAAUUAUGGUAGUUAUGACGUGAACGCAGCUCAAACUUGUUGUUUUGAUCUGGUAGGAACUGUAAAAGGUGGCUGCUGUUUGUUUGCGGUGCUCAGUGACUGCGUGACUGAUAUCUUUCUACAUAAACUCUGCACAGCAUGAAACGCGCUGAUGACGUAUGAUGUCUGCGCAAACAGGGUGCAUGAGGGUAUGUAAAAACAUAUGUUGACAGGCAGGUAGGACAUCGUAUUAUUUCAUUCGGACUGAAUAUAAUGAUUGGAUGAGCAUUUUAUGGUACUUUGCAUUCCACAGAUGAUAAAUAUUUAUAAAAAUACAUUUUGACCAUUUAACAUAGUGAUUGCUAUCAGGAUAUGAGGAGACUUUCAACCAGUUUAACAUUAUUAUUGCACCUAUUGCACCUUUAAUAUAGUAUGCUGAACUGGUAAAAGUCAUUGCUUGAUCAUUGGGCUUUGUUCAUUUAACACAAGCAUAACAAAGUGUGAAGAACCACUGGUGGUUGUGGAAUCUAAAGCCUGUUUAACACCACACACAAAAGCAAUGCAUAGUUAUUCCAGCACCCAUUUUAACAACUAACAAAUCAUUUAAACUAUGUGUAUAAGCAGCACAAUCAUACAAGCAUAGAUGAAAACAGUUUUGUCACUGAGCCUAUUUUUGCAACAUUACUUGACUUUUUUUCAAACAAUGCAUGCACAAGUGCCACACACACAAAAAAACACAAUUGCCGGUUUGACAGACAAGGCUUAAGCCUUGUCCCAGACUAAAAUGCACAUUUGAGCUCUCUUAACUGAAAGCAAUUUGCACUGACAUAUCUUAAAAUAUGUCAGUGCCAUUGUUUUGUCCUAAGACACACACCAGUAAUGUAUUUUUCUAAGGCACAUUUAUAAAAGCUAUUUAAAUGUUCUAAUUGAAGUAAGGUCUGGCUUAAUUUAAACCCUGUGAAACCAGGCCUAUUUGUUUUUUACUCUAUUCAGUAAAUUUGACUGAAUCCAGAUUAUUUAAACUGCUCUUUGUUGUUCCAUUCUGAGUAGAUUAAUUGUCAUUUGAAUGUAUUGCUACCCCUCAUCAUGCAAAUUAGAUUUCACAAUCAAGAUUGUAACAAUUUUUAAUGACCCAACUGCAAUAACCAUCUUAUAAUUCAUGGCUGAAACUAAGAAAGUAUAUUUUCUGUAUAGCAUUGCUUAUGCACAGUGUGUGAGUGUGUUAUGUGAAACAGGCUUAAUGGACAUUGUUGCUAAGCUUCAUGUUCUUGUAAAAUAAGAGCUUGCAUGUAGAUUUGUUGAUGUGGGCUUAGAUAUUGUUUUUUUAGCCUGUAGCACUGUUUCUAAACUGUAAUGUUGACUUUGAAAUCACAAAACAUCUAAAUACAUUUAAAUUCAUGUAAUUUAUCUUCAUAUGUAAUUGAGUUAAAAAUAAAAUAUGCCACUUCUAUGUAUUUAAAGGUGAUGCAUGGUAAUUUGUUUUGGUGUUAAAAUUAUUCAUAUUAUUCCAAGCUUCCAAGCUCUAAUUUUAUAAUAUAAGCAAUGAGCCUUUGGAAAACCCAUUGUAAAUCCUGAAUAGUGUAAACUGAAACUGUGUCGCUAUUAAAACUUUAUUAUUUUUGUUUGAGCAGCCGACAUAGCCACUCUGGGUCAACCAUUGAUUUGUGCCGGGACUAUCUAUUUGUCUGACUAAUUACAAACAGGAGGAGUGUUUGUGAAACUUCUUCAACAUUGGUCAUUAUUUUUGUAAUUCCAUGUGGCACAGAAAUGGCACAUUUCAUCUUAUUUAUAUUUAGACAUGGUGUGAAACAAUGGUUCUCAACCAGGGGGCCUCAGCAAACUUCCAGGAGAGCCCCAAUACGUCUUGCAAUUUUCUCUGUGUCAUUUAUAAAUGAUGAUACACCAUAGAGUUAAAUAAUUGUAUUUAAAAUAUAAUAAUAAUAUUCAACCAAAAAAAAAUUUAUGUUUUAGUAUUAUCAUUUGAUACCCCUUCAGCCAAAUUCAAAUUAAAAUCUGCCAUGCGCUUGAUAUUUUUGGCAACAAGGAAGUGUAGACAUGAGUCACAUACUGUCAAGGCUCCAUUGUGAGAUCAUUUUAGACUAGGAAAUACAUAGAAAACACAUUUGGAUGUACAAUGAUAUUUUUUGAAAUAUUUUUUGUACAAUUGAUAUUUUUUCUACCAUUUUUUGGGGUAAUUUUAAUACAUAUUUUGUAAAAUCAAUAACUCAAAGACCAAAAAUCAGUUUCUUCCAGAUGAUACAUAUUUUAUGUGUAGCUGCCACUAUUGUUCUUUACUGGCAGGCAGUAUAAUAGCCUUUUUGCAUAUGCUCUCAGAAAAUACGGUUGUAAUAAGAAAGGAAGAAGUUGAAGAUCAAGGAGGAUAGAAGCAGUCAGGGCCGUCCCUUGGACUGCACGGGGCCCUACGGCAAACAGACUGGGGAGGGAAUUACACCCCAUCUGCCUCAUAGAAUGUUGAAUAAAAAAUUGUUUGAAUAUUG